UGCGGUGAUGUCAUAGGUUGUCAUGGCAGCGCCGCUCAUCACGGGAGGGGUUAUCCGGGACAAACGCUUCCUUCACUGGGUCAGAGAAACGCUGGAGUUCCGCUGGCUUCUCAAUAAGGAUCCCGAGAACACUUUCAGUUUCGAUAUGAAUCACAAGUCGUUCAGCGAGCCAGUCACACAGGAGCACAGGAAGCGCUUUCCAAACCCGCCCGUGUUGUGUCCCGAUGUGAGGAGCGCUGAGACAGGCUCGCUUUUCUAAAGCUGUGUGGAUGAUCAGUACAGAAGAUGGAAAAGAAACCUGCAGACGUGGAAACAGUUACAGGUGCAUCAGGAAUCCUCAGUGUUUCUCAGAGUUUUGGCAGUUUCGGCCGUGACUACAAGAGUAUAUUCCCUGCACGUGAUGCCAAGUCCAUGAGUUGGAAUAUACCUAAAUUCAGCAACCCUGAGAUUCCUGGUUUUCUGAGGAGAGUUUUGAAGGGGUCUGAUAGAAAGUCCAGACAUCAAGAGGUUGGUGAAUGGAGCCUGGAAGAGUGUCGACACUCCAUCAUGGAGCUGGCAAAGGAGAUGAACAGAGUCGUGAAGAACUCUGCCAUUCCUACCCAUGUGUCCAGUGAGGAUACGUGCAGCCUGGAAGAGUGUCGCUGCUUCAUCAUGAAAUGGACUGGCGAGAUGGACAAGCUGGCCCAGACACCAAAGCAAAGCCAGAGUGCUGGACAGGUUGAGCAAAGAAAAGGAGCAGAGCUGAGAAACAAAGAGGAUCUUCCAGGACCAGAGGGGGAGGAGCUGAGUGAGGGGGCGGGGCACAACCAGGAGGAGGAGCUGAACCAAGAGGAGGAGCAAAGACUGAAGGACGGUCAUGACAUCAUCAGGCAGUGGGCAAGAGAGCUGAAGACAGUGCCAGAGAACUCUGUCUCAGCGGGGGAGGCUGUGGAACAGGGUCUUGCAGAGCUGGUGAAGGAGUGGAAACGAGGCAAGCUGAGUAACAUCUUACCCAUCAUGGAGUUCAUCAUGUGGGCCCUGAUCAAGGAGGAGGCAGACAAGGGAAUUGGCACUCGGAUUGUGUUCUCUAGGAUGCUAAAAUCUCUGAAUAUUGGUGCUGGGAGAUGCAUUCCUGAUUUAGUCUGGCAGUGGAUUCACAAGGCAUCAGUUGAUGUGACUCUGGACCCUGAUACAGCGUACCCCGAGCUCACCCUGUCUGCGGAGGGGAAACAAGUGAGAAAGGGAGAGACAGGGCAGGAUGUCCCUGACAAUCCAGAGAGAUUUGAUUACUGGUGCUGUGUGCUGGGCAGGGAGGGGUUCACCUCGGAGAGACGCUACUGGCAGGUGCAGGUGGGGGGGAAUACAUGGUGGAGAUUAGGAGUCAGCAGAGAGUCUGCCGAGAGGAAGGGGAGGAUCAGCACGACCCCCCAGCAGGGUUACUGGACUGUGCAGUGGAGUGGAGGUGGGUUCACUGCUCUCACUGACCCCCGGACCCCCCUCCCCCGGAGCCUGAAGCCCCAGAAGCUGGGGGUGUAUCUGGAUUAUGAGGAAGAGCAGCUCUCCUUUUACAAUGUGGAGACCAGAUCUCACAUCUACACUUUCACUGACAUGGAGUUCAAGCCCAAUGAGAAACUCUAUCCAUUCUUCUGUAAUGAGGACAAGAAUACAGCCCUUGUGCUGGAGUCCCCUGACCCUGACCCUGUCAGCGCUGCAGAUUAAACACACAUUGCUGUCUGAACCAGGAAACUAUUCAAACAGCUCAGACAAUCUCCUCUUCACUUUCACUGACACUCUCUCUGCACUCUUCUGGGCUAAUGAGAAGAAAUUCUCUCUCUUCCACCCUCUUACCCUGAGCCCCUCCUCUUUAUUUCUCUACACCCCCUUUCCUACUCUCCCUUCCUGUCUCCCUCUCUCUCUCCCCUCCACCUCUCCAUCUCUAGAUCCCUCUUUCUCUCCUCUUCUGCUCUCCUCUCUGCCUCCCCUCUGAUAUGUUAAUCCCCUCCCUCUCUCCACCCUGCCCUCUACUCUUCCUCUCUCCUCUAUCCUCUCCUCUCUCCUGCCCUGCCAUCUCUACUCCCCCUCUCUCCUCUCCCUCUCCCUCUACUCUCUCCUCUCCUUCUCUUCUCUCUACUCUCCCUCUCUCCUCUCCUCUCCCUCUCCUUCUCUCCUCCCUGCCCUCUCUACUCUCCCUCUCCUCUCUCCCCCCUCUAAUUUUGUACUGUGAUAUUUUGUAACAGCUGUAAGUCACCCUGGAUAAGGGUGUCUGCUAAUAAAUAAAUAAUGAUCAAAGACUUUCUAGACAAUAGAUGAAUGCAUUAUUUUCCAUGUAAUCAAUAUUUACACUGAAGCUGAGAUGCUCCCUGAAUAUUAUUCAUUGCUAAACUCAGUGAACUGAUUUCUGCUAUUUUGAUAUGAAUCUUCUGUUCUGUUUUUGUAGCGCAUCUAUUUUCUAUCUUUCUUGAUAAAAUGUAUAAAAGAUAUAA